UGGUAUAGAAUCAGCUUGAUCCCCUCUGUCGAAGACACUUGGACCUUCUUUUUAUACAUGUCAGUGGUAUUGCUAACAAACACACGCCCCCAUAAAGAAAAUGAGAAUUAAAAACAGGUUCAGCCCCUGGUUUGACCGUGAUCUUGCGGAGUUACCCCACCUCAAGAAUUACAUUUGGCGAAAGGCUCGGCACACGUGUACUCAGGUUGACUGGCUCUCGUUCAGGCAAAUGAGAAAUAAGUGCACUCAGGCUAUCCGGAAGGCCAAAGUUAGUUACUAUAAGGAGCAGUUCUCUCUCUGUGGGUCUAAUCCCAAGACGUUCUGUAAACAGUUAAAGACCUGAAGAAUGAACCCUCCUCCUCACAGCUGCCCAUGUCCCUUAAAGUUGAUGAUGUGGUUGUUACUGUCAUGAAGCACAUGGCUGAGCUCUUUAAUCACCACUUCAUUAAGUUGGGAUUCCUAUUUGACUGAGCCAUGCCUCCUCACCCAUCCAACAUUUCCUAAUCUCCCACCUUUCCUAAUGCGACUAGCCCCUCUUUUUUCCUAUCCCCGCUACAAAGUUUCUCCCUGCAGGCUGUCACUGAGUCCGAGGUGCUAGAGGAGCUCCUUAAACUUGACCCCCAAAAAACUUCUGGGUCAGAGGGUUUAGACCCUUUCUUUUUUAAGGUUGCUGCCCCUAUCAUCGCCAAGCCCAUCUCUGACCUUUUAACCUGUCUCUGCUCUCUGGGGAGGUUCACAUUGCUUGGAAGGCAGCCACGGUUUGUCCUUUAUUUAAAGGGGGGGAUCAAGCUGAUCCUAACUGUUAUAGGCCUAUUUCUAUUUUGCCCUGUUUAUCAAAAGUGUUGGAAAAACUUGUCAAUAAUCAACUGACUGGCUUUCUUGAUGCCUAUAGUAUUCUCUCUGGUAUGCAAACUGGUUUCCACUCAGGUUAUGGAUGUGUCACUGCAACCUUAAAGGUCCUCAAUGAUGUCACCAUUGCCCUUGAUUCUAAGCAAUGUUGUGCUGCUAUUUUUAUUGACUUGGCCAAAGCUUUUGAUUACGGUAGACCAUUCCAUUCUUGUGGGCCGGCUAAGGAGUAUUGGUGUCUCUUUGCUAACUACCUCUCUCAAAGAGUGCAGUGUAAGUCAGAACAUCUGCUGUCUCAGCCACUGCCUGUCACCAAGGGUGUACCCUAAGGCUCGAUCCUAGGCCCCCCGCUCUUCUCAAUUUACAUAAACAACAUAGCUCCAGCAGUAGGAAGCUCUCUUAUCCAUUUAUAUGCAGAUGAUACAGUUUUAUACUCACCUGGCCCCUCCCCGAAUGUUGUGUUAAACGCUCUACAACAAAGCUUUCUUAGUGUCCAACAAGCUUUCUCUUCCCUUAACCUUGUUCUGAACACCUCCAAAACAAAGGCCAUGUGGUUUGGUAAGAAAAAUGCCCCUCUCGCCACAGGUGUGAUUACUACUGAGGGUUUAGAGCUUGAGGUAGUCACAUCAUACAAGUACAUGGGGGUAUGGCUGGAUGGUACACUGUCCUUCUCUCAGCACAUAUCAAAGCUGCAGGUAAAAGUUAAUCGUAAUCGCUCCUCUUUCACCCCAGCUACCAAACUAACCAUGAUUUAGAUGACCGUCCUACUCAUGCUAGAUUACGGAGACGUAAUGUAUAGAUCUGCAGGUAAUGGUGCUCUCUUGAGCGUCUAGAUGUUCUUUACCAUUCUGCCAUCAGAUUUGCCACCAAUGCUCCUUAAGAUCAUUCAAUGUAAGAUCAUUGAACAGGUGCCCUAAGCUCUCUCCUGGCCCCCUUACACUAAGUCUGAAUAUGUCCUGCUAGGUGCCCUAAGCUCUCUCCUGGCCCCCUUACACUAAGUCUGAAUAUCCUGCUAGGUGCCCUAAGCUCUCUCCUGGCCCCCUUACACUAAGUCUGAAUAUCCUGCUAGGUGACCUAAGCUCUCUCCUCUCUGUAUACCCGUCGCAAGACCCAGUGGUUGAUUCUUCUUUAUAAAACCCUCUUAGGCCUCACUCCCCCCUACCUGAGAUAUCUACCUCAACCCUCUUAGGCCUCACUCCCCCCUAUCUGAGAUAUCUACCUCAGCACUCUAUACUCCUCUGUAAACUGGUCAUCUCUGUAUACCCGUCGCAAGACCCAGUGGUUGAUUCUUCUUUAUAAAACCCUCUUAGGCCUCACUCCCCCCUAUCUGAGAUAUCUACCUCAGCCCUCAUCCUCCACAUACAACACCCAUUCUGCCAGUCACGUUCUGUUAAAGAUCUCCAAAGCACACACAUCCCUGGGUUGCUCGUCUUUUCAGUUCGCUGCAGCUAGCGACUGGAAUGAGCUGCAAAAAACACUCAAACUGGACAGUUUCAUCUCCAUCUCUUCAUUCAAAGACUCAAUUAUGGACACUCUUACUGACAGUUAUGGCUGCUUUGCGUGAUGUUUUGUUGUCUCUACCUUUUUUCCCUUCUGUGCUGUUGUCUGCGCACAAUAAUGUUUGUACCCUGUUUUGUGCUGCUACCAUGUGUUGCUACUACCAUGUUGUGUUGCUACCAUGUGUUUUUAUGUUGUAUUGUCAUGUGUUGCUGCCAUGCUAUGUUGUUGUCUUAGGUCUAUCUUUAUGUAGUGUUGUGUUGUCUCUCUUGUCGUGAUGUGUGUUUUGUCCUACAUUUUAUUUUAUUUAUUUAUAUUUUUAAUCCCAGCCCCCAACCCCACAGGAGGCUUUUGCCUUUUGGUAGGCCGUCAUUGUAAAUAAGAGUUUGUUCUUAACUGACUUGCCAAGUUAAAUAAAAGUGAAAUAAAAAAUAAAAUGAAAAAUCAGUUAUAAAGCAACCUUCAGCCUUGUGGUGGUGCAAAAUCUAUACUUUUUUGUGUCUAAAGAAGGAAGUGGACCUGUUGAUGUGUCUGUGGUAGAUCAUAAGACCUCUCUGUGGUGCUCUACAAAGACCCCAGUCACAAAAACUAGGUUGCACUAGCAGAGGUGCCAUUGUUUCUGCAUAGGAGUAACACGAAUACAAGCUAGACGACAGCAGAACUUCCUACACUCAGCUCUCAAGGCCCAUUAUAACCAAGUCAACCCAGGCAAAUGAGCUUCACUUUGGUUUGAUUUAGUUUUAUUUUGUUCCUCUACUGAGUAAAUAACGUUGCAUUGGCGUCACAUCUGUAGUCGGUCUCAGCAGGCAGUGUUGGGUCAACGUUUGGUUCUGCAGUUGGUCAGUAUGUGUGGAAGCGUAUCCAGACUUGCUCUGCUUCUGGUGCUGUGGGGUCUAUGCACAGCUGUUAACGUGACUCAGGAGAAAACAUUGGAGACCGGAGGAGCAGAUUCCACUCUUCUCUGCCCAAACCAAACACUCACUGACAUCCUUACUGUAGUAUGUCACAAAAAUAGAGUUAUAAGUGAGGGUCACGAGUGUAGAGUUUCAUACGACGUUGAGACAAAUCAUACCAACAGCACUUGUGACCCCAGAGUCACACUGCAGACAGAGAAUGACAGUGUGUUUCUACACAUCACCAACAUACAACCAUCUGACGAAGGGAACUACACCUGUGUAUGUACACAUGAUGGAGGCAAUUCUGAUAUAAACAUACAUAUUUCGGUCAAUGGGACCAAAGUGCAACAGGCCACAGACAACCGUCUCUUCUAUUGGGGGAUGAUAUCAGGUGUUGCAGAAUGUGUAGCUGUCCUGGUGAUUGGUGGUGUAAUCAUGAGGAAAAUUCAUCUCAGGAGAACACUGCUACAAGUGUCUGGAACCGUCAACGAGUCACUGGCAGCAGAGAACUGGAAGGAAAGGCGCCCAAAGGAGGUGCUGGCUUUGGGGAUGACCAGUGAGAUAUACCUGCUGGAGCACGUGCUAUGGAAGUCAACAAAUGAGAGUGCCUGGGGACACGCAGGGCCUGGGCUAACCUCCACAUCAACCGAGGAACAGAGGAGGAGUAGGAUGAGGGUACGGCUAAAGGCUAGUAAAACUGGUCGUCUAGUGCGUUGGGGACAGAGAAUAAAAGGAGCAGAUUUCUGGGCGUGGUAGAAUAGAUUCAAGGCAUAAUGUGCAGACAGGGGUAUGGUGGGGUGCGGGUACAGUGGAGAUAAACCCAGGCACUGAGUGAUGAUAAGAGAGGUUGCAUCUCUGGACACGCUGGCCAAGGAGCAGGAUCAUUUUUAAUAGCUACUGUAAUAAUAAUUCUGUAAUAAUGCCCAAAUAACACUAGUGGGAAUUUAUUGCCCUCCCUCUGCCUCAACAUGUGCUCUUAGCCAAUUGUCUGACUUGCUAUCUAACUAUACUAACUCUGAAUUAUUAAUUUGGGGGUGAUCUUAAUCUGGAUUGUUUGAUGCCAGUUUCUGAUUGGCUGAAAGUUAUCUUUAUUGAUCUAAAUCUAACUCAGCUGAACCAAAACGCCCCAACUUUAAACACCCGGAAAAAUCUACUCUUUUAGGUAUUAUUUUGACAAAUGCUCCUCAUAAGUAUACAGACAAUUUUUUCUAGUGAGUUCAGUGACUAUUGUCCCAUUGCCUGUAUAAGAGCUGCAAAUCUACCCAAAUCUUGCCCUCGCUUUAUUACAAAGAGAAAUUAUAGGAAUUUCAAUUAGCAACAAUUCUUGUUGAAAGGGGGGUUGUGUCCGAUACCUCUGACUCAGAUCAGGCCCUAAAUUAUUUUACUUCUUUUCUCAACUCUAUUGCAGAUACGCCUGCUCUGUUCAAGAAACUAAGGGUAAGAGAUAGAGCUAAUCCCUGGUUCACGCAUUAACUAUCAGAGAAACUUCAGGAGAGAAAUUUAGCGUGGGCUACAGCUAGGCUAACUGAUUCUACGUAUGACUGGCAGUCCUUCAGACGCAUGAGAAAUACAUGUUUAUCCAUGAUUAGAAAAGCGAAAUCAACAUACUUCUUGAACUGUGCAUCUGAGAAUGCUGGGAAUUCAGCUGCCGUCUGGAAGGUAGUGAAAUCUCUGAAACAAAACUCCACCCCCUCAUUACCCCAGCAGGUUAUAACAGCCUCUCCAUAACAGAUAAGAUGGACAUUUGUAGUGCUUUUAAGAACCACUUUGCCUCAGCGGGCCACCUAUUUCAUAAAAUAGCUUCUGAAAACUAGAAUUUAGAAUGCUUUUUUAUUAACUUCUCAUUCUAUUCUUAAUGAACACCAAUCUGGCUUUAGACGUGGACAUAGCAUUGUUUCAGCAGCAACACUUAGAUGAUGUGCUACAUUGUUUAGACCAUAACAUCAUUGUGCUGCCUUAUGUUUUGACUUGUCGAAGGCAUUUGAUACAGUUGACCAUUUCUUACUUACUCUAAGGUUGUCUGAAAUGGGCCUAGAUCAGGCAUUUUGCAAUUGGUUCAACAACUAUCUAACAGACAAGGACACAUUGUUUGCUUACUGACGCUAUCAAAUCUAGUUUCCUCAAUAUUAUGAAAGGUGUGCCACAGAGGUCCAUUUUUGGUCCCUGUUCUCUUCACUAUUUUCAUACACAUCACUGCAUUUUGUAUAGUUUUCUUAGCUGGGAGUCUCUGACUACCAGAAGAGCCCAGAAUUGGCUAUUUUUUGUAUAUAAAGCGGUUCUUCAGAGACUCCCCCACUACCUCGGCUCAUGUAUUGACUGGAGAUCCAGCCAUUUUCAGACUCGCUCUCUGGACUGGCUGGUUCUAGAGGACCCACGGGUCUCCACUGACCUGGGGACAAAUUAUUUUAGUUUUUAUGCCUCAGCUCAUGGAAUAUCCUUCAGGCAACUUUGAAAUGAGUGUUUGUUUUGAUUGAUCUUGUUGUAUUUACUGUAUUAAUAUUAUGUAUGUUCAUGUUCACAGGGCUCCCUUACAAAAUAGACCCUGGUCUCAAUACUGACCCACCCUGUAUAAAUAAAAGUAAUACAUAACAAAUAUAUUUAUUCCUAUGGUUCUCAUUCAAACCCGUGUUAAUUUAAGAACAUUUUAAAUGGCUAUAGCUCAAAAAGUAAACACAGCAUCAAAAAUCCUUUGACAAGCAAUCUAAACUGGGGCAGUCUGGACAUUUGGAAGUUGGUUUAUUUUUUAAAAGCUUAAAUCUUUUAAACUUUAGAGAGUGAGCAGAAUAAAUAUAAUUAUAAUUAUAGGAAGAAGAAAUAUAGAGUUGUGCUUUGCUUAGCAAGGACACCUAAUUAUUUUAGAAUGCAAAUAUAAAAUAAAGAGAUUUUUUGCACUUCUCACUAACCGUGAAUGAUUGCAUUAAUUAGCUACAUGUUUUAUUGUUCUGAAUAAGUGUGUUAUCAUAUAUUCCUGCACAAUGCUACUACUAGGCUUCUUGCAUUGCAAUACUUCACCACUUGAACUCAUGGUCUAAAGUUAGCAUGAGGAUAAGCACAUUCUCAUGUCAAGUUCAGUUUUUAUAAAUGACAACUUUUGCGUGGAAACGGACGCAGGCACGUUAUGGGGGAUAUUUUGUGCGUACGCAGCGUUUAUUAAUGAGGCCCCUGCAGACUACGCUCUUUCACAUUUUCAAUAGAAUUUUCCACAGAGCCAUAUGUUAUUCUACAGUGUAAUAUGGUGACUAUUGUUAAU